AUGGUACGGGGCGUGCGCCUGGACGGUGGACACACGGUUUUGCUCAAGGACACCGCAGACCCAUCGAUGUGGUUGUGGAGAGUGUACACUCGAUAUUUGCCCAUCGCCAUGCUCGUAGAUUCCAUCAUUUUGUUUUGUUUCUUCAAAGUCGAUGAUAAAGGACGAGCGAUAUCGCAUCUCGCGGACAUGGGACUACUGUUGCGACACGCAGUCAAGACUAUCAUGCGCGAACCGCGCGUGACGAUGCGAAUCACCCAAUAUCCGUACCCGGGCCAUGUCUUUGAGUCGCAGCAAGUCGUCACACUCCUCUUGGCACCGGUACUAGCGCCAACACUCAUCAUAAAUGCGUUUCGAGAUUGGUCUCUGGCUGGGGCUUGCGUGUUCAAUUUCGUCAUGUACCCGAUGUUCUUCCUAAAUGUGCAGCACGCCCAUCCCGCGUUCCUUGUCGGACGAGAAGUGCUCCCCACAUCGUCCGGAUGGAUGAUAGCCGGGAUUGCGCCGUUGGUACUUCGAGCUAUGAUUAUUUUGAACGAACGUGCGAUGGCUAUAUUGGUGAAAUCAAAGAAGAACGGCAUUGACUCGGUAAUCAUCAGGAGCGGGCCAUUCUUUCGCAUCUGGCGCAGAGCAACCUAUGCCCUCGCGCCGAUGACAUCGAGCGAACGAAUGGCUAUGUGGAAUCGUAAACGGUGCGAUUCUUCGAAAACACAAGGAGCGGUGAGCCACGAAGAUCUGGUUGCAAUCGCGCAAGCGAUGAACGUGACCUUUGACGACUUGAGCGAAAUGUUGGAUGGGAUUCGCAUCACGGUCCAACCUGAACAAAAGGGUAACCGAAACCGGCGAGCCGUCGAAUCUUUCAUUCGCGCAUUUGCACAAACGUAUGACGACCAGAUUGAGCAAAACCGGUACGCAUCCAUCGAUAUCAACGUCACACGGCAAGAGUUGUGGCUCCGAGGAAUUCCAAUCCGGGCGGAUAUCGAUUCCAUCGUGGAGAGGCUGCAGAGUGCUGCCCAAGCCUGCGCUGACUUUUCUGAUCUAUCGAUAAGUACUGUCACGUUUGCCUCGGUCAAGUGCAAGAUCACGUAUUCUCGAGUCAGUGGGCCACUUCACUUUAUGCACACGGCAACGACGUCGGUUAAAAAUCCGUGCGCUCUCGUGGGCUCAACUGUCGUCGCGAUCGCACUGGGGAGUGGCCACGUCGUCGGUUUCAUGGGUAAGACGGGAGGAUCUUUGAUCAGUGCUCGGGUCGGUAGUGGAUCAUCGCUGCCCGCCAUGGGUGGAAGAGCCGUGAGAUGGAUUGGCAAAUCGGUUGGCACAUCGUAUCCCAAGCAGAGCUCCGGCAACGAACGUGACUUUGUAUCACGCAGAGCUGACAAACGACCAAUGGGAGAACACGAUGACGACGAGUUACACUCGGACGAUAUGGAAUCAUAUGAGCUCACCGUUCUUUCCCUGUACGCGCCGUGGCAUCUGGCUGAUCAAGGACAUUUCGAAUUCCAACUCGCUGCCGAUGAUGGCAGCUUGUCAGGGGCGUAUGCGAUGAUGCUGACGUCUAACGAGGCCGUUAUAGAGGAAAUGAACGCAGCGUUCGCUUAUAAAUAUCUGAGUGUGAGCGAAAGGAAGUUCUUACUCGUAGUCGCUCACACACUGGCUGAUGAGUACGAUGAGCGGGUCGAGCGUCAAGUGGCGAAUAUUGCUCGGACUCGGAAUCUCCCACACCUUGCGUGCGCGCUGGAACACCGUCGUGAUACGCACGAAAAAUCGAUUAGCUCUUAA